AAGCAGGGACACAUCAAAGGCUCUAUGACAUCAUAAAGCUCAGUGUGCUCAGUGAGGGGCAGUCAGAAGCAGUCAGGCAGUCAGUCAGUCAGGACCAGUCAGAUAGACCUCUCUCACCAUACAGGUGAACAUUAGAAACACACUUCUCAUAUAUUUGUUUCUUGGAUUCGUAGGAGAAGGAGUUUAUAAACUAGGUUAACGAACUCAGAUUUAAACAACCUCGUAGUUCUGCAUCAAGAUCUUAAAAUGACAACACAGUUUUCCACAACAUAUGGAGUGCAUUUGGACCAACAUAAAACUUUGGGAUUCGUGGCUUUCCUUGAUGAUGUUCACAAAAUGCGUGAAAGCCAAUUAUCUGAUGUACGAAAACAGACAAGAUAUUUUAAACAGAAGUUUGAGAAAGAACAAGCUGAUCGAUCGGAGUCCAGCGAGAAAAAUCAGCGGCAUUUCCACAGAGUCAAAGCAGGAAUGGACUUCCCCAGGGCUUCAAGUCAGGAAAAGAAAACUCAAGCCAACGUGACCACAACGGACUCCCGACCAGACCAUUUUAAAAAGGAGUUUGAGAUGGAAAAAGGUAAGUGUUUGAAAUCGAAUAACGACAUCCAAAAACGUAUUGAAUGUCUGACAGAUGAAAACAAGGCUUUAUGUACACAGCUGGCAGAACAGCAAACAAUUUUUAAAGAAAAAGAGUCUCAAUUGCAAAAGGCUUUGGAGGACAUGAAGUUUUCACACCAGGAGCUGAAUAAAACGUAUAAUACAGAUAUUCUGAACAGCAAAAUUACGGCAAGUAACCUAGACAAUGAGCUGAAAAAGGAGAGGCACGCUCAUCAAGUUACUAAAACUCAGCUAGAACAUAUCAGCAGUGAGACUAACAAGAAGUUUAAGCAAAAUGAGACACGAUUGCAGAAAGAUCUGGAUUGCAUGAAAGAGCUUAGAGAUAAGUUUGAAUCUGAACUCCUUUCUGCUAAACAGCAGAUUCAAACUUUUGAGGACAAACUUCAUUUAGAGGUCCAGGCAAAGAUUCAGACCAAAGAAAUGAAUGAUAAAUUAAAAGCUGAGAAAGAUGAUCUUCAGCUACGGUUCAACAAAGAGAUGUCUCUUCUGCAGGAGAACUUUGAUAAAAAAGAGACAGAAUUAAAAAACGCUCUGGAGAAAGUCGAAGUUUUAUACCAGGAGCUGAAUAAAAAGUACAAUGAAGAUGUUUUGACUAGCAAACGUACAACAGAGCAGCUGGAAAUUGAGCUGAAAAAGGAGAGGCGUGAUCAUCAAGUUACUAAAACUCAGCUAAAACAUAUCAGCAGUGAGAUUGACAAGUUUAAGCAUAAUGAGACACGAUUGCAGAAAGAGCUAGAUUGCAUGAAGGUUGCCAACCAGAAGCUCAGAGAUACGUCUGAAGCUGAAAUACUUUCUGCUAAACAGCAGAUUCAAACUUUUGAGGACAAACUUCAUUUAGAGAUCCAGGCCCAUUCUGAGACAAAGAUUCAGACCAAAGAGAUUAUAGAGAAAUUAAGAGCUGAGAAGGACGCUCUUCAGAUACGGGCCGAUGGACAGAUUUCUCUUCUGCAAGAGAACGUUGAUGAAAAAGAGACUGAAUUACAAAACGCCCUGGAGAACGUUAGGGAACUGAAUAACAAAUAUAAUGAUGUCCUUAUCACCAAACAAAAAGCAGAUCAUCUGGACCAAGAGCAGAAAAAGGAAAUGACGGCUCACCCACACAGUGAAACUGACAUUGAGAAUAAUGGGAGGGAGAUGGGCAAGCAGUUUAAAACGUCUAAACACGAUGAGACACAAUUUCAAGAAGAUUUAGAUGAAUGGAAGGUUUCUUAUGCACCUAGUGAUGCCAGUGACAUCAACAAACGACUGGCUAAAGAACCUCAGAUGGAGAUUUGUGAAAAACCGGAGAUUCAAGCCGAAGAAAACCCCGUCGUCUUUCUAACUAAGAUGUCUACUCUUCUAAAUCAGAGUUCUCUAGAUGCUCCAUCUCAGGUACCUGGUGCCAUUGCAACUCAACCGUCUGUGAUUACUAGUGUGACUGCAACCAGAAGUCAGGAUUCAUUCUUUUAUGGAAAUCAAAGAAAUAAGCAGUGUCUUCCAAACAGUUUGGUGUUUUUGUCGUUUCUACACGAGAACGAGAACAUUAGCAGCUCAGACCUGGACCUAGUUUUGGACAGAGGUGAUCGAAUGUACUCACAAGUUAGGCUCGCCCAUCCAGCUAGAGACCACCUGGCUACAGAUGAGUUACCUACCGAGGUCAAAGCUCGGGUUAGUCUAUAUCACGUCAAAAUGAACUUUGCAAAUUCCAAAUGUGGGGUAUUUUUAUCAGGCGACCUUCCCAACUUGUCACAGGGAUUACAGUGUUUGACCUCAGAUGUUCAGUAUGCGCUAAUGGUAAUGGGCAGCAGCUGCAUUGCUAUAUUCAGGACUCAAUCAGGUGAAUUUGGUUACUUUGAUCCACAUCCCCGCAACACCCACGGCGACCCUGCAGGCGACUAUGCCGUCAUGUUAAAGUUCACAUGUUUAACUGACAUGAUUGAUAGAAUCACGUCGGUAUUCACCAGAAUUGGUGUAUCGCCAUCUAGCUACUAUGAAAUUCAGCCAGUGGAGUUUUAGAGUUUAGACCUAGUUAGUCUGAUACAUAGCACAUCAGACUUCAGAGACAAAACCGCUGCAGUUGGGUUAUACCCACGGAAAGAGAACAUUAGAUUAGUAACAAGUCAGAUACUUAGUUAUCAACUAAUUCAAUCAGUCACACGGGAUCCUUAAAGAGCUAAUUGUAAGUUAGAGACUCCCAUAAACCAAAGUUUAGAGAAAUUUAAUAGAAACUAAUUUUAAACAUUUUUUUUAAACAUAUACAAAUUAUUGUCAAACCAAGUGACGUCAGCUGAGGGACGCCUGUUAGCUUAAUCCAGAGAAAAAUAUAGACUCUAAUGCCGGCUCUGGCACAGAGGAAACUUUAAAUGUCAAUAAUUAUGCUUAUGAUGGACCAAAACCAUAAAGUUAUGAGCUUGCUGCCCGCCCCAGAGAACAGAGACAAACCAGAGCGAGAAACGCUCGGCCAAUAAUGGUCUAAGUUGAGGGACUGAAACUGAACAGUUUUCAGGCCAGACCGAGGCUCAGACUGCGGCCUUUCCCCGGAGCUAGCUCUGUGGUCACGUGGGUCUGAUGCUUAUUAAUUAUACAGAAUUUUAGGCUUUUAAUACACUUAAACAGAAGAGAGAGAAAAAAAAUGCACCCCCUCAGAGUUGUCAUGAGUGUAAACUAGAUCAUUUAAACCAAAAACAUGUUUUGGUACCAGGCUGUAAACAUGUUUAUUUCUGCUGUGAAAUUGGUAUUUUUAACAUGGGAGUCAAUGAGAGUCUCUGGAACUCAGUGAUGUCACAUAGAUAUGCAAAUUAGUGGGGGGGGGGGCUAAUUUCAGCAUCAUUGUAGUCAUAGUAACCAAGUGGGCGGAACCUAAUUUAAAAUGCUUGGUAGUUAUAGUAAUGGCAUUUUUAGCCUCUGUGUGUGUGUGUGUGCGUGUGUAUGCCAAGCUUUGUAUGCUUGGUGUCCUAUUGGCUAAUGUAGCAUUAGCUUGAAUAAUAAGUCGACAUGAAUCGAUGUUAGUCGUUGAACUAUUUAUGCUAUAUUUGGAAUAAGUUUGAGUAACGAAAGGGGAUUUUAGUUUUAUUUGUAUGGGAGCUAAUGAUUAGUGUGGCGUUUAACUAUAGGCCAUAUCAGUGUAUUGUUUUAAGCUCUUGUUUAUAACUUCCCCUUUAGCGGGGUUCGGUUAGCAUCUUGAAUGCUGAAUUAGAUGUUUACACUUUCCUGAGCUGCGUGUUUGAUUAAAAUGAGUAAUCAGCAGCUCAUGUAGUACUUGUUGAAGUCUGAGGAGAUGAUUCAGCAGUUAGAAUUAGGUGUGAUUGAUCAGGAACGUAUCCAAAACCUUACGUUUCCAUUAGCACUGAAAGACAUAUUGUGCUAACCUGGGUGGGCCACGUGUACAGAUUACCGUCUGAUUUUGGGUUUUACCUACGUGAAUACUCCAUAUUAAAAUAAAAGGAAUGAUAAUCAGCUCGUGUAGAAAUCUGUGAAGGCUGGGGAGAAACAGUAGCUGUUGGAAAAAGACGUAUCUGACCACAAACCUAUCCAAAACACGGUCACAUUGGCUGUCAGUUAGGCUGAUAUCACACUAUUUAGCCUGUUGCAGUCAUAGCAAUAAUCGAGUGCCAAAUUCAAGUAUUUUAUUAGGUUUUCCUGUUUUGAAAAAGCAAAUCAUAUCAAAGUGAGUGAUUAGCAGCUCAUGUUGAACUCAGUUGGCUGAGGAGAUACUUUACCAAUUACAAUCAGAUUUGUCUUAGCAGAAAAAUAUAAUGUGAUUUGCAUGGUCUUCAUGGUACAGUCAAUUAUUUAGUAGUUUCUCUGACCUUCAAUUCAAUAAUUUAUUUCACACAAAGUUUAAAUAUACAAACUUCAAAUUAGAAUAUAAGCAUUCAAGUGAAAUGGGGGAGGAAGAAGAAAAAAUCUUAUAUGACCUGCCCCCUUUAACUAAGACAAGAUAAAUAACAAAAAGUACAAAAUUGCCUUAUAAACAAAAAAUAAACCGCUCUCUUACUUCCACAAACAAUAUCACUACUAAAAAAUUUAUCGUCCAUCCUCAACUCACCAAAUCAUACGAUUUUAGCAUUUUAUCUUUAUACAUUUUUUUUAUUGAUCAGUAGUUGUACAUUUUUUUAAUUCAUCAUCCAGGUUAUUCCAUAAUUUCACACCAUAUAUUGAAAUACACAUUUGCUUUAAUGUAGUACGAACACAUAUCCUUUUAAACUCUGGUUUCUUUCUACUCUUAUCAUUUUUUGGGAUCAAAACAAAGAGCCUUCGUAGAUUAGUUGGCAGUAAAUUAUUUCUAGCCUUAAACAUAAUUAGUAAAGUUUUUAAGUUAACUAAGUCUUUGAAUUUCAUAAUUUUAGAUAGAACAAAAUAUUUGUUAGUAUGUUCUCUCGGAUUAGCUUUAUGUAGAAUUCGCAAAACUUUCUUCUGUAACAGAAACAAAGGAUUAGUGUUUGUUUUAUACGUAUUGCCCCAAACCUCAAUACAAUAAGUUAAGCAUGGUAAGAUAAAUGAAUAAUAUAAUGUCUGAAGCGUUGAAAUUCCUAGAAAACCUUUGACUUUGUUUAAAAUUCCAAUACUUUUGGAUAUUUUUUUAAAUAUAUUUUAUAUGGGAUUUCCAAGUAAGUUUAUGGUUCAUUUCAUUAUAUUUUACAAUAACAUAGAUGUGUAAACUAAGAGAUGGCUAUAUAACAUAAUAUUGUGUGUUUCUUUUACUUGUUUAGCCUGUGAUUACUACUUUUUAUUUUAAUAUGGGCUUUGUUUUUACAGUCAUCAGUCCAAAUAUGAAGCAUCAGCAUCAACACUACUGAAACGCCAACUGUUUAUUUCUCCAACACCAGUGCCAGCUCUGUCUAGCAUUCAUGGAGAAUCAUCUGAAAGGUAAAUAGCUGCCUAAAAACCUCUACCAGGAAUAUUAUAAUUUUGCGUCUGUUUGUUUUAAGUUAGCGGUGGAUUUUUUUAAAAGAAAUUCUGGAAAUGGGAUAAUGAAUGACUAUAAAAAAUGUAUAGAAAUAAAUAAAUAAAACUACAGCAAAUUUGGAGGCGUUUCACAACCAUCUCCUAAUGUAUGCAAGCAAAAGUUUCAGUUACAUCGCACCUGUUUACGAGGCAUGGAUACUGCUUGCUGCGUUGGACUACAAUCACCACUCACAUAGAGAAGUGGAGACCAGAUGGGUCGAUACAGUACGCAUUUAUUUAUUUUUGUAAUAAAACAUAUACACUCAUGAAUUCAUAAUUCACUGGUCCAGUUUUAGUCCGUUUUUAUUAACAACUUCCUCAGAUGAACAACCACAACGCUCCUAACUGCUACAUAUUGGUUUAACAACAUGCUGUCAAGCGGCCAACUGUAGAAUAACAGAAACCCCACGUUUUCAAUAAUAGCGCCUCCAGGUGGGGCUUACCUUAUUUACUUUUAAUUUAAAACACUUUUUCAGCUAAUUUGUUGGAUACUACAAGUUAUGGCAUGUGUCAUUUCAGAUACCAUAAAAUAUUGAACAAAAAAUCUAGAUGCUGGAGGCUGUAUUCUGAGAAGGUGGCAAAAGACUACUCCUACAUCCCAGAGAUCCAAACCAUGAUCGUCAACCGAGCAAGAAAGGUCUUCCUCGACGCUACAAGCUAAGGCCUGAGGAUCCAAGGCGUUACGGUUUGCUGUCCGGAGUUCCGGCACCAUCAACAGAGGAACUUCUACAACACCAAAAGACUUGUGGUGAUGGUAAAAUAAAACAUUAUCUGCCUUACAUCUUCCACACAAUAGUCCAUUGCUAACUGAGUUUAUUUUUUAUUUACAGGUAAAACUUUGCCAAAGAAAUAGGUGUUGGGGGAGGUAAGAGAAAACCCAAAACCUUCUUUAUUUUUGUGUUUCCUGUGGUUAUUUUUUUUUUUUUUGUUUGAAAAUAAAGAUUAUUUUUUUGGGAAAUAAGUACUAAUAAUUUAAAAAUGUAUGUAAAAUGCUGGAGGUAGAGAUGAGUUUUUGU